GCAUCGCGACGGCGGCGUAAGGCGUCGUUUUCUAUUGUUUACAUAGUUAUCACGACGGCGGUGUCGGAGUUUUUCCAGUUUUGUGGAGUAUAGUUAUACGGGAUUAUCGAUUGCCUUUAAGCUGGAUACUUCAAAUUCUAUAUCAGAUUCAGAAAAUAGGACUGCCUAUGAAAAUGAAAAAGAAACGUCUUGUUCCCUGAUACCAGAAGAAAAUAUCAAAUCAGUCAAUGAAAAAAAAUGUAAAUCUACUCCGCGCAAAGGCCAUUUGGGAAGACCCUCCGCAAGUGGUGUUCCAAAGUUUUGUGAACUGAUGUAUGUGUGGAGUACUAGUGCUGUUGGUUUAGAUCUGGGAAAGUCAGUGAAGAAGACAGAAAACAGAGAAGAUACAAAGUUAUAUAAUCGAGGACAUAAUAAAAGAAAGAAUAUGUCUGCCAACGAUGAAAUGUUCGGCUCUCCCCGCUAUCUUUCCUGGCGAAAGAUGCACCUCUCCAAAGCCAAAUUGAAAGCUUCCAGCAAAACCUCAGCCUUGCUAUCAGGUUUCGCGAUGGUGGCAAUGGUGGAACUACAGCUCAACAACGAAUCUUCAAUUCCUGGACCAGUUCUAGUAGUGUUCGCCGUUAUAACCACCCUAUUGGUUGCCGUACAUAUGCUAGCAUUAAUGAUUAGCACAUGUAUCCUACCCAAUAUUGAAACAGUUUGUAGUUUGGACUCAGGAAUAAACUUCGUUGAUGAAUCACCCCAUGAAAGGCUUCACUGGUACAUAGAAAUAGCCUGGGCAUUUUCGACUUUACUGGGUCUUUUACUGUUUUUAGCAGAAAUAGCCAUUAUUUGUUGGCUAAAGUUUUAUAACGUGAACACAACGGCUGCUUGGUCGGCUUGUGUCGUACUAGUGCCUAUUUUAUUUGUGUUUUUAGCGUUCGCGAUACAUUUUUAUCGCUCACUUGUAGCGCACAAGUACGAAAUAAGUAUGAAAGAAUUAAAACGAAUAGGCGAGCAAAUAGGAGACAUGGCUGGUACCAAAUUGUACUCGGACGAAAUUCAUAAUAAUAUCCAUGUAGUUUGAAGGGAUUUCGUUAGAAGAUUAAACAUUGGCUGUGGUAAAUAUUGUUUUUCAGAUAAUAAUAUAAGUAUGUUAAUGUUCCACUACAUUCUUAUUAUGAGCCGUAUAUCAGCUAUAUACGAAGUAGCGUUAAAUAUUGUAAGGUAGCGGAUCUAAGCAGGAUUUACCAGAAGUUGGUUUUGGCCAGAAAGUUUAUAAAUAUUUUUGCGAUAUAUUUAAUUUUUUUUAAUGAAAAAUAUCGCAGGACCAUAUAGCGUUAAGCAGGUAUACUUAAUGACGCGUGAAAAUAAAGGAUUUUAAGUUGAUUUCUUUGAUCUAAUAAUCAAGCUCAAUUUACUAUAAUUGAAAUUUGACCAGUUUACAAGUUUGUUAGAGGAAAGAACCGUAAAAAAAACUUUAUAUCUCACAGUAAUUUUAUGACCAAAUCAUCUUAUUGUCUGUCAUAAGCUAUUACGUUGUAAAAAUAACUACAGGAAUACUUAAAAAAAAACAAAUUGUCUAAAGUAAAGAUCCUCUGCAUGCGUAUCCCGUAUCCAUUGAAGAUAUGGUUUCAAUUAAAUGAAGAGAUUAAUAACGUUGCACCGUUCGGUGCUUAUUCACUUGCGUCCAAAAACUUUAUCAAUUUUCGUAGGUUACUGAGAUAUUUACCAGUAAGUGAGCUUUGACAUUUUAUUCUUUCUUGUUAUGGUUCGACUUUUCUAUUUUGGGAAACGCAUUAUCAACUUAAUUUUUUAUACCGUACAUUUUUUGUCCAAAAAUCUUGGUUUUCUAUUAUUUUUAUCAUGUGCAUGGUAAGUCACAUGUUUUUAUAAUAUAGUGGUUUCAGCUAAUAGAUAUGAAACGGAAUUUUCCAUCCACAAAAUAUAUUUUUAAAGAAAUUAACUCACUAGAAAUUUAACUUUUGACUUUUGGUUUUUGACAUUAUGGUUUAAAAGCAGUGUAGCCUUUCUUUCCCACUGUUCUUUGAGCCGAAUCAUUUUUUGCUAAUGCAGAUCAUGAUUUACUUGCAGCAUUCCAGGUUCGUUUCGGUGGGUGAUCUUUGGUUGACUGGCAUUUUUAGCCCGAGCGGGUCUCUCGCAGUCUGUGUGUCGCUUCUGGAUGAGUCUUUGUCAUGUAAGGGUGUGUCAUUAGGGGAUUGUCGACCACCUUAAGAAGCGACCGUCUGUUUAGUUUUUUGAGGUGAUCUUGCAGUAUCUGCAUAAGUCUCUGUACGAAGUGAUGACGUCUCUGUUCUUGACGAACCAAGGACGGGAGCCUAAGGCCCUGUUCUCAACAGUCUUAACUCCUGUCUGUCAGAUAAAGAAUUGACCUUACGUACAUCUUGUAAGUCCUGAGCCUACCUCUUAGUGAAAGUCGGUUGUUGGUGUGGCGUAACGGAUAUAAUUGGCGUUUGUUUUCGCUGCUUGUUAGUACGCAUGUCAUACCCAGGUAAGGUGUUGGUCGAGGCAGACGCACAGAUACUUGAUGUGUGUGGCUCAAGGGAGAUUCACAACUUUCCACUUCAAUCUCUCACGUUGAUUGACCUGUAAUCUCCCUUAGUUCAUCCAUGUCAUUAGCUGGUCAAGUUGGCCCUGUAAACACGAGCGACGCUCAAUUUUUUGUGCAGUCGAGGUUGUUAUGGCUGCCGCUGGUAAACUGGUAGAUCUGAUUGGACUGGGUAUCUCGGACAUAGGGGUAGGGAAAAGGUUGAAGCUCGUGGAACUCCUGCUAGGAUUGCGCAAGAAGUAAAAAGGAAACUGUCCUCGGUGACACGGAAUGUUAGGUUCUGUAAGGGGUAUACCAGUCUUAUUUUGUACCAUCUUAUCAAAUGCCUUUGUUUCUUCAUUACGUUAAGGACAACUAUAACUGAUCUAAGGCACUUUGGAGUGUCCUCUCCGGAAUUGAAAUUCAAACUGUCCGGGGGGAAAGCUUGUGAGUUUUAGUAGUAGUGGCUUCUAGGUCAUUUAGGAUUAUUUCUUCUACAAUAUUCUCUCUGACCGGAGAUUGAUGGAUCUAGAACUUUUUGGGUUUGUUGCUGUUUCUCCUUGCGGAGCUUGACUGAUUACCUUUGGAAUGCAAAGUGACUGCAAGGGAAGACUGCGAUAGAGAUUCUAAUCGAGUUCAUCGAGCUAUUUUUCCGGCAGAUAGGAAGUGGGAUGGCCCCAGAGGUAGUUGCAGCAAGUAGCUGGAGUGUCGGGUUUCUCCACAUAAUAUAUUGUCAAGUGACCCUGAAAGUUGCAAGUACCGUAGUACAUUUCUCUUGGGCCUGGCUAUAGAGCUGGCAUUAGGUAUGUGAGGCAUUAUACUUUUUUGAAAUUAUACCAACGGUAUACUUCAAAAUAAUGGAAUCUCUGGGAUUCAAGAUCCUUCUUGAUAAAUAAUUCCACUCAGUGCCACAACACUUCGGAGAGCCACGUGUCGGCUCGUAGGCGAAGGAAUGUAUUGCUACCUGCCCUUGUCCAGGAUGACUUGUACUUUCCCGUGGAUAGUAAGGCUAUAGUAGGUGAAUUGUUUUGGGUAUUUUAAGUGUUGCUGAAACUACAGCGACCUUUGAAGGCUUAUCUGCGAUACUUGGCUAGCUGGUGUAAAUUCUGGCGCUUUUAUGCGAAAAUCUGGCCUUCCUCAUCUUACAUAUUAUUCAUUAAUUAAACCUGGACUGCUUAACACAAAUCUACGACGUAUCGCUCCACGGUAUUACUUAGGAUCAUUCUCCGAAUAAUAUAUGUGCAAUCAUUUUUCGAGAGUCGUCUAUCGAUAACUUUAAUAUUCCAAUUAAUUAGUUCUUGGAGUGUUUCUCGUAUCAGUCAUUCCGCUGCAAAACCGUACUUCCUAUAGUUUGGACCAUUUUUGCGUAUUCAUAAAUUUUUUGUUCAGCAAAAUCUAUCCAUAAAAAAUCGAUAUGUAAAAGGUCUUCCUCUGGAGCUGGUUUGUUGCUGUUUAGUGAGAUGGCCUCAAUAACUACAUACUCAUAAAUUCAUAUACUCUUGGUGCUGCUAUUGUACACAUCUUGGACUAGUCACUUUGCUACUUUAUAUACUAACGAGUGGCUCCAUAAUUUAGUACUUGAGAUAUCGCUUUUGCGUACUUCAAGACAUUUUCAAUUCAUUUUCAAUUUUAUUUAGAUGCAUUUGCUACUCUUUUGGCUGCAGUUACCGGAUUUUCUUCCAUCGCUAACAAUACAUUUAAUUGGGUGUUUUCAUCGAUUUUAGAAGACCUUUGUCUUGAAACAUCCCUCACGUGCCCAACUUCUCGAAAUCUGCUUUCGAUUUUACUAACCGUACCUUGGUUAAUAGGUGGCAAAUCUGGAUAAUUCAGCCUGAAUAAGUGGACAACCUCUAGCUGAGUACGACUUCUGUCCCCAUAACCAAUCAUCAUUAAGAUUUCAAUCUUGUGGGAUUCGGAUAAAUUUCAAUAUAAGUUAACUUAUUUAACAACUGGUUGAAAUUCACUUUAACAGUGACACUACAACGUCAGGAAAUAUCUCGAUACCAAUAAAAUAAACAAACACGCCAAAAAUUUACCAACACAAAAUAUUUCGAGACUUUUAAUAAUUUAAUAGUUUUUAUUUUUUUUUCGUAUUUCUCCUUUAGAUAAUCACAAAAGUAAAUAGGGCAAUUUAAUCAAGAAAAAGGGCUCUUUUCAAUGAGAGUUUAAAAAAAGUGGCUUUCCAUUUGAAAAAAAAAAGUUAAUUUGGACCCCCCGUGUAGGUGAAAAAAUACAAAAACUUGAAAUGUGAAAAAAAUAAACAAAAAUCGACGGGUCUCAGGAAUUUUUCAAGAUAAUUUAUUCCAGUUAAAGUCACCACACUGUAUAUGAUAACAAUGACUAUUUUUGACAAAAUACUUCUGCGCUUAUCUGCUUGCUACUGCCCAAUGUCAGCAACUGUGACUAUGUGGAAGUUUUCUAUAAAAAAUAACUUAAAACUUGAAUAUUUUGGUUUGAUUUUCUAUACGUCAUAAUAAUAAUCUGUGCCAGACAAUAAGGUUAUUUAUUUAUUAACUACUUACUUUUACCCUCUUGAACCAUACCUACCAUACAUUUUUAUUCAAGAUCUGAAUUUUUUACUAUAAUUAAUUUUAAUGUUUUCCCCUUGUAUGUAAGCGUCUAGUCUUUCUUUUUUUAAGUAUACUUAUAUUAUAAAUGACAAAAAAAUAGUUACAGGUAGUACUAAUACAAUUUAGUUUAUUUUGUUUAGAUUUUUAAUAAACCCAUGGCAAUGCACUUGAUGGAAAUUAGUUAAUUUGGAGUGUUGCCAAAGUUUUAAGGUCAAGAUUUAUGAGACGGUAUGCGUCUGCUUAGUUUAAAAAUACUACUUCAUUCACAUCAAAUAGAAAGAGAAAUUGUGUAAUACAUAGCUGUAAUACUAUAGGUCACAAUUGUAGGUCUGUUUAUAUUAUUUUUAUAUUUCCUAUUUCACUUUUGUUUCUAAUUGAUAUACCAAUGGCAAAUAAUAAUUAUUCACAAUUUCAUAGAUGUAUAACGAAAGGGAGACAAUAUUUGUAAAGUGUACUUAAAACAUUAGGUUUUAACAGGCACAGGUGGCUAGUGUUCCAUUGUAUAAUAUAUUCCUGUUCAAUCAAAGUAUUUUGGGACAAGUCGGUAGUUCCCCUAGCCAUAAACUUAGAAUGUUUGAUAUUUCCUGGAUUCUUAAUUUAUCAUAUAACUAGAAUUUUCAUGUCAAGCUUUAAAAAAUUAGUGUUAUAAAUCUGAUUGCUGUGAUAUCAUAAUUAAAAAAAAACUACUUAUUACUUAUAUUACGUACUAUACUGUUACUUACACUUUUUUAAAACUAUUGUGGUCAAUUAUAAGAUUUUAAGGGUUUUAAUCACCGCGUUUUUACGAUGUUUUAAGUCUUCCUUUACCAUUAUGAGAAGUCCUUUUAUCAACACGUCCCAUAUUAAUGAUGGGAGUAAGCCAACCUUCGGGGCCGAUAUCCCUGUUUCAGCCGAGUUUCUCCUUUCGAAAUUUCCAUUUCAGUCCUACCUUAAGAAUAUUUUUGUCUUGAAGCCUAUCUAUAUCAAUCCACCACUGUCCUAACUGUCUCUUCUAGUCUGAAGUGUUUCACUUGUAAUUGACUAAAUAAUUCACAAAUUAAAAGUGGUGUGUCGUAAAAGGCAUCAAAUUAGUUCAGUAAAGUUCCAUCCUUAAUGUGUCUUACUUGUGUUUACCGAAUGUCUUCUAUUUAAAAGAUAUAGUACUUGUUGGUUUGAACGAUUUAUCCUGAAUGUAUUUUUUCAGGAUUUGUGUGUGUAUUUUGUCAAAUGUCAGAAGUUUUUUCCUAAUGCUUUAUAUUAAGGAGAGCCGCAGUGCGAGGAUUUCUCCUAAUUUAGGGAUCUCAUGAUGCAGAUACUUACUUACUAAGAAUGUAUUACAUGUACUUUGUAUUGGAAGGAUUGUGUUCCAGUUUUUUAGUAUUGGCACAAUGAGUACUUCAAUCCUCUUGACAUAUGCUCUAGGUAUAAGUGCUUUUUGAUUUUAAUUAUCUUUAGUGAAAACUCAUGUUUAUUUAAACGACUUAGGACUUUAACGUUUAUAACUUGGUGUAUCGAGAAUAUCUCUAGUAUACUUCUAUAUUCUUCCAUCUUUCAAAAGCCUUUUUUUUUAAUAUGUCUACAUUUAACGUCCAACCUUCAACACCUUACAAAACAGUGGAGAUAACGUCCCAAUUAACCAAUCGCCAACAUAGAUUGAGUAGUAUAGCGAGACUGUGUUGAAGCAGAUUGGAACUCUUAUAAUAGAAUGUCAGUCCGGUAUAAUUUUCCGAGUUAACCCCAAAAAUCUACUUACGUUCUUCUCAAAACGACGAAAAAUAUCAGUGAUCCACUUCUUUGUAAUUUUUUAAAACCUCAAUAUAUAAUACAACGUUAGUUUAUGAUAAACAAUGCCAUUAGAUAUAAACGCACAUCGUACACAACUAAGAUGUAAACUAAGUUCUCUGCUACACAAAUGUUGAAUACUUAAAUAUUAUUGGCUGAUGUCAUUGCUGUAUCGGAUGUUAUUGACUGGCAGUCAGCUUUAUAUCCUUCGUGUCGACCUUCAAAGCCUUCGAGAUUAUUUGUUUAAAGUGUGCGUUAAACAAUGCCCGUGACAGUACACACCUUUGUCUUACUCCCCGUUUGAUUUAUACAAGGUUUGAUUGCAGUUCUUCAAGUGAAACUGUUAUAAUAUAAUUUUGAUAUAAUUGAAACAUCUCGGUACUCGAGGUUCCUAGUGUUCAAAACGUCAAUCCUUCGAUUGUGACGUACUUUGUUCAAUGUUUUAUUGCAAUCAAUAGAGCAGGCAUACGCAUCUUGAUUUACAUCCAAGCAUCUGUGAAUCAAAAUGUUAAAAGAGAAAAGGCCUUCACGAGUGUCCAAACCAUUGCGAAACCCACAGUGUUUCUUCAAUGUCCACAUUUCAUUUGUUAAUAUCUUAAAACAUGGGAUAUUAAGCUUACAGUGCACACUUGCGCAUUGCAUAAAGGCAGAUCUUAACCAGUCUGUAAGUAUGUUUCCAGCUUCUUAAACGCCUUCCAGUAUUUAUUUAUUCCGUCGUAAAGUGCUCGCCAGGUAUACAGUCUUCUUUUAAGAAGCUUAUAAAAUGUAUUAGUGACCAUUAUUUUCUGGCAGAACAUCAUUUCCUAGCCCUAAAGUUCGAAGUUUCUUAUAAUCGGUUCGACCAAUUUUGGCAAUGAAAAGUGCCACAAAACUAUAUCUCUCGAUUUUAUUAGUCAAAGCUUCGUUAAUAAAUUAGUAAAACGUCUCAAGUGACUCUUCUGUCCCUGCCGAUGUUGAAGCAUAGACUUGAAUCAAGUUAAGUUUUCCUUGAAAUGUUCUUAAUUAUAGAAUCAAAACUCGUGUCGAUUAACUAAUGCAGUGGAAGCGUUCACUUCUUAGUUACAUCUCACGCAUUAGUUAAUCGUUUAGCUUCGAGCUUCGGCCAUAAGUGUGGGAGGUAGUUUUAUGACGGCUUUGUUGGAUAUUGUUGGGCUGCCUCCUAGUUAUAACUAGGAGGAAUAAAUAUGCCAUAGUAUUUUUAAAGUUUACGUUUUAGCAGAGGAAUAAAAUAUUUUCGUACCUAGUGCGACUAUUUUGUUGUUCCAUAUUUUUUUAAAUUUCGUGGCAUCCUAAAAUUUUUAUACCAAAUCAAAUUUUUUAACUAAUGUUGUGAAUUAUGUAAAAAACAACAAUGUUUUUAAUUUUUAUUACCGAACCAUUGUACCAAAAUAAAACAUCGUAAUAUCAUCAGUGUAAUUCGCAAAGUGCGUAACUCCAUUUAGCAAAAUUUUACAGGAGAGCUAAAAAACUGAUUAAUGUGGGUACUACUAACAUAGGUUAAAAGGAAAUUUGUUUAAAUGAGUGUUAGUUAAGUUAGGUGAAGUAAAAGAAUAAUAUUUGGUAUUGAGGCUUAAAUACUACAUUUUUUAUAAAUAUAAUGGAGAUACGCAGUUUGUGAACUAAUUUUUUGAUAAAAAAUAGGAGAUACGGUUUUUUUUUCUAGAAAUAAAUAGUCUUUAUUUUCUUCCUCUACAUAAAAUAAAAAUUCAUACAGGUUGUCUUUCUUGUUCACAACACAACAAACAACUCUAAACUUACUGGUCAAGUCGCAAGUUAUUAGGUUACAAAAAUUAAGGUACCAGGGACUGACCUAAAAAUAAUUAACCGUAAAUAACUAAAAAAAUAAGAUCAAAUUCUUAAAAAAACGUGAAAUUAGAUGCUUAUAAAAUGUACAGGAUUCUACUUAUUAUAAGGUAAUUGAUCGUAAAAUGCAUGGUAGUCAUGAGGUAAACUUUUUUUUCUUUUUUUCUUUAUGGGGAGUCUGGUUCUGUACAAUGGUGGCAAGGUAUCGAAGUCUACACAUUUCAGGUUUGCAGGCAAUCUGACUGGAAAAGUUUUCCAUUGCAAUUCUGAAUGUCUUAAUUUAAAAAACAUGUUUUCUCUAGUGUACUUAAUUGCUUUUCAGUCAACUACUUGAGGAUCUCCUACUCUUUUUCCAGGUCGUAUGGAUGCAAUAAAACUUAUCUUUCCCUUCUACGUUCUUAAAGUAAUCAUGUGACAAAUAUUAUAAGCACUUUUCAAACAUGCUUUUUGGCAAAUCGCAACGUAAUCAGCUGGUACGUUAAUUCUGGACUUUCUAAUCAUCCUCUCUACAGUUGAAUGCAUGCUGUCCGCCUCCAUCUGACUGUGACCCUUCUGUAGGUAUUUUUGUAUUAUGGUUAGGUCUUUUUCAAUUGCCAAGUUAAAAACCGAUUUUGCCACAGAAAUUUUUGAUUAUUGAGCAUCUUUUCAGUUUCUGCAGCAUAAUUCACGAGGUCAUCAGGGUCAAUGUUCGCUUGUUCGCUGUCAAUAGCUUGGUUAUUAAGCAUCACUUCAGUUUCUGCAGCAUAAUUCACCAGGUCAUCAGGGCAAAUGUUUGUCUGCCCACUGUCAAUUUGAAUUAUAAUAACUUCAUCAUCAUUAUUACUCUGAGCGGUAGAUGAAUAAGGAGGUAUAAUAACUGUAUCUUCAUAAGAGGGUGCCAGCUGAGUUAUCACUUUCUUCUCACAUUCAAAAAUAGAAACGUUUUUAUUCAUAUCGUUUUUUGAAUUAUACAUAUAGAAGGAGCAUCAGGUUUAAUAAUAUUUGUAUCCCCAGAAGAAGUGAAAAAAUUUGAAUCUUGCUUCUCACUUUCGGGAAUUGAAUUUGUCUCAGUUACUAACUUUGUCGAUCCUUGUAAAAGGUUCAUAAUUGUGUCUAUCCUUUUAGCCAUUUCUGUAAAAGAAAUAAAACGUGUAUUAUUUUGAUUUCAACUACUCUAAUAGAAAAAAACCAAUAAUCAGUUAUUUAUACACGCUUAGACGUUGUCAUUAAAAUGUAUCGCUUAUAACUUAAUGCAAUUGAUUUGAAUCAAGAUAUUAACAGUUUUUUUAAAUAAUUUUUAAUUCCAAUAAAAAGCAUUUAUUUCAUUGUAAGCAAAAAAAUUUAUACAUUAUUUUUAAUGAGAAUUAAUUAUCAAUACAAAUUUUACUGGUUACUGACCUAAAUAGUUAACUAUUUACAUUGUAAAGUAAUAAUUUUUACUGUAGAAACAUUCGUAACUCCUCUUGGAAUUAUUUAUCCUUUUUGACGCAAAAUGCGUAUCUCCUCAGAAAAACAAAUAACUGUUUAAAGCAGGUAUUUCUAAAAUAUUGCAAAAAAGGCAUACAAAAUAAUUAAUUAUAGACUUACCCCUCUCAAUAUUGUCUAAGAAACGCACAAACUUUAAGCAAAAAUGCAAAGAUUACAGAAGUAAACCAACGAACACUCAUUUAUCCACAUGUCAAACAAUGGCACUGGCUGGAGAUACGUAUUUUGCCCGUCAACAAUUUCAAGCGCGGAGAUUUUCAGCAACUUUCUGUACCAGCUUCUGUUCGAAAACAGUUAAUGUUCCGGACAUAGGCAUUUUUCAGACAAUAGAUCUGAUAUUCUAGCAUUAGAUGGCGCAAUAAUCCAUAUAUUUUAAUAAAAAUGGAGUUACUCACUUUGCGAAUUACACUGACGAUAUAAUAUAACGAAUUCUUGGUGUAGUAGCCGUUUUGGUGAAUGACUUCUGUACACCGUAGCCGCAUGUCAUUAAUCUUUGAAUACUGAUGUUUUGUCGAUUAAGAGUAUGAGUUUUACAUAUUAUUUUGUUAUUAACGCAAUACCACAUGUUCUCACGUCCAAAUAAAUGAAAUUUUGAUUCGUCACCAAAAACGACCCAAUAAUACAAAGCAAUGAUGUUACCCCUGACAAUAGUUAACGCAUGGGUUUGAAGGAUUAACACUUUUGAAAGUAACGUCGCUUUCUUACGAUAAGUAUUUAUUUUUAAUCUCGCUAUCAACCUGUUGCCAUUUAUUGCCAAAUUUUCAAUCCCGGACCGAUAAAAGUCGAUUUUUGAGUAAAAUAUUUCUACAUUUUUGUAUAUUAUCUAAAUUUUUCACCGCUAAGAACAUCUACGGAUGGGAAUAAAUGGCAAUCCGAGAAUGCGACGUCGGGCGAGUAUGGUGGGUGAGGCAGUACUUCCCAUAUCAUUCAUUAAUUUUUCCAAUGUCAAUGUGUGCCUUGUAUUAUCGUAUUACAGAAUGACGCCCUUUCUGUUCACUGAAUAUUUUUCGAAUAAAGAUUAGUUUACUCUAUCCAAUAACUCACGAUAAAUGUCGACAUUAAUAGUUUGUCCAGGUCUCAGCACUUCAAAAUGAAAUUUUUCAAAUUUACCAAACGUAAACUUCUCCUUGCGGCACUUUUUGGUAAUUCAUUUUGAGAGUCACUGCCUUUUGCAUGUUGGAUUAUCAUAUAAGACCAAUUUUUCGUCUCAAUAGUAAUAAACGAUUAAAAACGUGCCGUUGAUGCAAUCUGCUGUAAAAGUUCUUUUACAAGGUGUUUGAAAAUUCCUCGAUUGUUUGACCUGAAUCUGACAAAUGACAAUCAAACAUCGACAUGCACAGAAAUUACAUUACUCUGCGGUCCCUCUAUUAAUUUUGAAGUAUGAAUUUUAACAAAUUGAACUGAACGAAUGAUUUAUUUUGUCUCCACUUUAGUUAUAUCUCUAUGUACUUAUAAUGCUUGAAGUAAAAUAUACUAACGAGCUAAAAAAAAAAUAAAAUAUUGCCUCUUUCAAAAGUUAAAAUCUUCUUAAACCCACAUGUUCUACUAAUAUCGACAGAAAUGACAGAAUCUCACGACCUCUCACUUAAAUGUUAACUAAAGUUAAUUUUAUUAUUAUUAUAUAAUCUACUAUUAAAAGUUGCAGACUUAUUACUAUGCAACAAUAUUUACUCUUAUUUAUUAAAAAAAUAGACAUUAGUGCGUAAAAUCCUCGUAGCAAAUAAUUGUUCCUGCGAUGGUGUAUAAAUUAUGCUAAAUAUCAUAUUUUAGUUAAUAUUGAUCUGAAGUUUAAUCCAAAUGUAUUUAGCCGAAUUUAUAGCACCGUGUUUUAAAAAAGCCUUACUAAUAAGGGCUAAUUAGUUUAUAUUAAUAGCAAUAAUAUUCAAGGUAAAGGCGGAAAAAAACUUAUUUUUGUACUUAGAUUUUUAUAUUACAUACUUGAUUAAUUUAUAUUUAAUAUCCAGUAACUGUGAUUUUACACUCCCAUUUUAUUGUUUCGUUACAAUUUUUAGGUAUAUAGGUUAAUAUAUUAUUUUUUAUUUCA